AUGACUUUUGAAUACGUAGAGAUCAUAAGAAUAUUAUAAAAUUCCCCGCCUUAGCAAAUAUUUUACCAUUGUAAAUCAUUAUCACGAUAGGGAUAUUUAAAAACCUCAGUUUACCACUAUAUUGCCAGUUUUAAUUCGGAAACUACCAAAAUGGCAUCAAAAAUGAAGAAAAUUGUGUGCGCUUUUUUCUGCCUUUUCGUCGCUUUCCAAUUAGUUGAUGCUUAUCCUCGAUUCCAACUCCGUGUAGGAAAUUGUUUGUAUGCAGUUGCCUCAGACUUGGUCCAUCAGGAGCAUGUGCAUAGAACUAGAUUGCCGUUUAUCAAUAGAACAGCUACAGCCAAGUAUUAUGGUGACAAGAAAAUCUACUGCAUCAUAGCUACUAGUCAGAAGGAUGCUUCAAAGGGUUCAACAGUCGAAAUCAAGGAUGGUGGUGUUAACCAUAACUUCGUGAACUUUGAAUUCAACUCCAGUAAAAACCAUGGUUUAGAAUACAACGUACAAGUUUAUGCCAGAUAUUUUUAAUUUAAGUUGAUUUUUUUAAUUUACAGAUUUUCAUUUAUUAAAUUUUUUAUAAAAUA